AUGCCGUUACACCCACGAAACUUUCGCCCGCAAAGGCGCGACGCGCAGAUAUAUACCCGGAAGCUGAACUGGUAUUACCUUCCUUACGAGCUCCGAAUCAUGGUUCUGGGACACUUAGCUAACCACAACGUCCACAAGGCCGAGCGAGCAUCGUGGCCCACCGUUUGCGCGGAAUGGCGCGACUUUUUCGAGACCCGCGCCUUUGCGUGCCUCACGCUACAAAGGGUCGACGAUAUCCGUGACUUCGGGCGUCUCGGCCGCCAUCUACGCGACAAGGUCAAGAGAGUCAGAUUGCACGUCCCGCUGAAUCGAUACGACUGCACACGAUGCGACGAGCCCGAGGACACGCAGGAAAUCAUAGCGAACAACAUGGCGUUCAGCGGCCUGCUUCUCGCGCUGCUUAAUAUCUUGGCAAGCUGGCAACGAAGAGAAGAUGGGGGACUUGCCCUCGAGAUCAGCGCAGCGUCACCGAGCGAUACACAACAUUACCUUGCGUCGUUUCGGACUUCCCGGGAAUUCUUAGACAAUAUCUUGGGGAUCGAAGGGCUUAGAGUGCCCGUAAUCACCCAAUUCAUCGUCAACCGGGAGUCACGCCGUGCUCUGAGCGAAGGGGCAAUUCAGCGUGUGUUUGAGUAUCUUCCAAGCCUUAAGACUGUCACUUGGGAGCCGUGGAGCGGAACAGUCGCAGAGAGCCAGUGGCCUCGUGAGCUGGCUAACUUGUCGCUGCUCGCAAAUCUGCCGGCCACGGUCCGAGGCUUGACCCUUUGGGAGUGUUGGCAAGAGCCGACAGACAUCGGACAUGAGCAUGAAGAUGCUUCACAAAGCAGACCUGCUGGCUGGCAUGCGUUUCUCUGGAGGAGGAAAGAAGAGAGAACGCGGGAAUUCAGUACUUCGCAACUCAUGGCUGUGAUUGCGGCAGAGAAGAUGACGGGGCAUCGCCGCAUGGCCUUGACCGCGGCGUAUGCUUGCCGCAACCUGUCUUCUUUUAACGCAGCCGGAAUUAUUGACGCAACGGCCUUCUUUCAAAAUUUGGUGCUCCUGGCCGAAGCACAGCCGCGACUGACUUGGUGCAACCUCACAACUAUUGCCUUGAAAACUCCACAGGUUUUGUGGCGCGACUCGAGAGAGGGGUUGUUCUGUGCGGCUAGGGAUGCUGCCGCGCUUAUGCCUCAGCUUCGGGUCAUGGAGCUGUGGGAUGUGACCGCGAAUGCCGGGGCCGUGUUCCGCUUCAGAGUGCUUGAACUGGAGGCAGAGCUGGUGCUGGAGACGACGAUAGGGGCUCAGCUGAGCGACAAGGUUCGUGAGCUUUGGGACGAUCUGGCGUGGCAGCGGAGAGGGAAACAGAUGAUUGUAAGAGUACGAGUUCUCGGUCAAGAUGCCGUGAGAGGAUCACGGAAGGGCUUUUUUCAGCGUCUCCGGCUCCUUGAUCCGCUUCAGAUGAGGGAGUGGAACACCUAUAGAUUGUAUUAA